ACCCCUAUGUAUACUAUAAAGGAAGUAAUGUUUGUCAUUAUGGCUACAUGUAAUAAUAGAAAGUUUACCGGGAAAGUUAAAAUUAAAUCUUCAAGUGUUCAAAAAUCUUCCAAAUGUGUUAACAAGACAGCUUAGCUCGUGAGGAAUGGGCCACGCAAACGCCGUGUACAUCAGCUUCAACCUGUGCGAGGACACCAUACGUCAUUCCUUUCUCAGCCAUCUCGCUGCUGGUUUUCACCGCAGAGGUAUCUCUUUCAAUGAACCGGAUCGGGUCCCUGAGGUGAAUGAUGCCGCCAUAGUUAAGUCCAAGGUUUCACUGGUGAUUUUAUCCAAAAAAUACGCGUCCUCCAAGGGUUGUUUGGCUGAACUGGUAAAAAUUUUCAAGUGCCAAGAAAGCAACGGCCUAGUGGUAGUUCCGGUUUUUUAUGGGCUCACGAAAUCGGGAAUCAAGAAAGAAUGCUUGAAACUGAAAAAGAUGUGUCGCGUAGCGCGUCAGGCUCUACUGGAACUUGGGGACUUACCAGGUCAUGCAUCAUCUCCUGAUAUAAGCGACUCAGAACUUGUAGAGGACAUUGUUGCGGAUGUGCGGCAAACGCUUGAUCUGACGGGCAAAGUAGGAGUCUACUCCAGAUUGACGAAGAUAGAAAGCUUGCUUAGAAAGCAACCAUGGGGCGUCCGCAGCCUAGGGAUUUGGGGUAUGGGAGGCAUAGGGAAGACGACACUUGCUGAAGCAGCUUUCGAGCAACAGCUACCCUCGGGUGACUUCGACGCUUCUUGCAUCAUCAAAGACUUCGACAAUUCCUAUCAGGAGAAAGGAGCCUAUGGAUUAUUAGAGGAACACUUGGGGGGAAAGCUUGGCUUAACGAGUCACCACAUUACGAGAGAAAAAUUACGCAAUAAAAGAAUUCUUCUUGUUCUCGAUGAUGUCCACAAGCCGCUAGGUGCAACGACUUUUCUUGGCUUGUUUGACUUGAUUAGUGCCGGGAGCGUAAUAAUCAUAACCUCCAGAGAUAAACACCUACUUGUGCAAUGUCGUGUCAAAGAGAUUUAUGAGGUUCAAGGCUUAAACGAGCACGAGUCUCUGCAGCUUUUCUCCCGAUGUGCGUUUGAAAAAAAUGUACCAGAUAAGAAUCUCCUCGAGCUGUCUAUGAAGUUUGUUACUCACGCUGAUGGAAACCGCUUAGCUCUCAGCGUUUAUGGUGAAGAACUGAAGGGGAAAAAAACACUGUCGGAAAUGGAGACUGCGGCCCGAAAUCUCGAGCUAUGUUUUCCCGACAAGAUUUUCGACGUAUUGAAAAGAAGCUAUGACACACUUAGUGACAGGGAGAAGGAAGUCUUUUUGCAAAUCGUGUUUUCCUUUAGGGGAGAGAACGUGGACGACAUUAUGCAGUUUCUUGCAGGUUGUGGUUUCUUUCCGCGCGUUGAGAUCGGUGUUCUUGUGGGCAAAUGUUUGGUGACCAUCUCCGAAAACAGAGUGCAUGUGCAUAGUUUGAUCUAUAAGGUCGGCCUCAAAAUCAUCAAGGAUCAAACAGACGAGAUCGGGAUGCGUUAUAGAUUUUUGGAUGCUUCCAACAUUCAGUCUCUUCUAGAAGAUAAUGAAAUCAGAGAGGAUGGAGAGCCUGAAGCAAUAAGCGAACCGGGAAAUGAAGAUGUUAAAGCCAUAAUCUUGAACACAUCUAACUUACCCUUCAAAGGGCAUACAUCGUUCCAGCAUAUGUAUAGUCUUCGAUAUCUGAAGAUUUACAGGUCGUCUGAUCUUACGAAGGAUACUACUGAGUUUAGAUUUCCCGAGGACCCUGAUCAAUCUCUGCCUCCAGAGCUAACACUUCUCCAUUGGGAAAACUACCCUUCACAAUCGUUUCCCAAAGAUUUUGGUGUUCAGCAUCUUGUGGAACUCAAUAUGCCAUGUAGUAAACUUCAGAGGCUUUGGGGAGGAACCAAGAAACUUGAGAUGUUGAAGAGGAUCACGCUCAGCGAUUCCCGGGAACUAGUUAACGUUGAUGAACUUCAAUAUUCUCCAAAUAUCGAGCUAAUCAAUCUCCAAGGAUGUUCAAGGUUGCAGAGUUUUCCGGACAUGGGUCAGUCUAAACAUCUCCAAGUUUUGAAUCUCUCAACUUGCAAAGAGAUCAAGCGCUUUCCAAAGGUUCCGCCGUCUAUCAAAAAACUGCAUCUCAAGGGAACUGACAUAAGAGACUUGUCCUUUUUGGUUCGUGAUCCAUUUGAAACAACAGCAAGUCAGGUAAAUGUUAGCUUCUCUAGUCAAGAUCUUGGCAAGCUUGUCUUCUUGGAGCUGAAAGAUUGUUCUCAUUUAAAAACUCUGCCUAAUAUGGUUGCUUUUGAGUCUCUUCAAGUUCUUGAUCUGUCUGGUUGCUCAGAGAUUGAUGAGAUUCAGGGUCUCCCAAGAAGCUUGAAAGAGUUAUCUCUGGCAAAGACGGCCAUAGGAGAAAUUCCAUCUUCUAUGUGCCACCAACUCUCUGAACUUGUCAUACUAGAUAUGGAGGGUUGCAAAAUGCUUCAACAUCUGCCAAAGGGAAUGUGUGACAUGAAAUCUCUUGUCACGCUCAAACUCUCUGGCUGCUCGAAAUUGAUGUAUAUUCAUGAUUUUCCUCAAAAUCUAAAGGAGUUAUAUCUUGCUGGCACCGCCAUAAGAGAGCUACCACGUUCUAUUGGGAAUCUCGCUGAACUGGAUACAUUAGAUCUGAAGAAUUGCAAAAGGCUUCGAUCCUUGCCUAUGGAAAUGCGGAAACUGAACCCGCUAAAGGUACUAGAUCUGUCCCACUGCUCAAAGUUUCACGUGGAUACUAGUUUUCUACCAGAAGUCAAAGAACUACUUCGAGCAGGGACGGGCAUGUCACCCCCUGCACCAAUGAAAAAUGAAGCAAAGCAGAGAGCGGUGUCGAGACACGUGAACACACCGCCUUCCAAACGUUUUAAAUCCCUGCCUGUGGAAAUGCGGAACUUGAAUCCCCGCAAAGUUCUAGAUCUGUCCGACUGCUCAGAGAUUCAACUAGUUACUAGCUCACUACCAGAAGUCCAGGAAUCACAUCUAGUACGGCCGAGCACGACAACUUCUGCAGCAAAGAAGAAAGGAGCAAAGAAGAGAAAAGCAAAGCAGACGUUGGAAAAUAGGAUGCCGCGAACUCUGGUCUCGGGAUCAAGUCUUCGACUGGACCUUAAGGAGGAAAAAAAUAAUAAUUUAGCCUCGUUACUAGUGGUGAUAUUCGUGGUACUAGUUGUAAUCGUCAUAUUGUUCUCCAACUUCUUCAUCUUAAUUUGUACUUCCCCAUGAUAAUCCCAAGAAAAAUAAUGGGGGUGCUGGAUAAUUCGUCAUGUAACAUUUGAUUUUAUCGUACUUUAAUCCACGUACUAUAUCAUGAUCUGCGAGCCUGCGCGGGUUUAUCUUUUAAUUUAUAUAUUUUAUAUUUUAUA